GGGAAGGUGCCGUACCACCGCAGACCAAUGCUGGGCAGUGAGUACGAGCAGGUGGGAGUGUUCUUAGAGACGAUGGUGUUUGCUGCAGCUCCGACAUUCCUCAAAGAAGUGUUUGAGUACGACGGCACUAAUGUGGCAUUUCAGACCACAGCUCCUCACGGGUUGCAGUCGGGAGACCGUAAGUCUUGGUUCGUCGUGUUUCAGAACGUGAGCGGGUUCUUUGUGCACCCGGUGGGGCUGGAGGGGAAGGUGAGGAAGGCGCCGCGGGAUGGGGACUUCUCGUCCAUGAGGCCCCGGGCGCCUUCGUCUGCGCUGUUCCCUUUGCAGUACGAGCCCCAGGGUCCCCGCUACAGCAUCAGGAACAACCACGUCCUCUUCCAGGCCUGGAGCUUUGCCUUUGGGAUGAGUGUGAACACGGGCCUGCGCCUGUUUGACGUUCGACACAAGGGGGAGAGGGUUGCCUAUGAAAUCAGCAUCCAAGAGGCGUUGUCAGUGUAUGGCUCCAACUGCCCUGGAGGGAUGUCAACGAGGUACAUGGAUGGGAGCUUUGGCAUCGGGCGCUACACCUCCCCCUUGGUGCGAGGGGUCGACUGCCCGUACUCGGCCAACUAUGUCGACACACACUCCCUGUCCGAGACCCUUAGCCCCAGCAAGAGAAAAGCUUCCCUCUGCAUAUUUGAGCAGAACCUGGGCUCCCCUCUGAGGCGCCACUACUCCAACUUGCAGUCUCUCUACUAUGGGGGGCUGGUCAACUCCGCUCUGGUUGUUCGGUCCCUUGCGACCGUUGGCAACCACGACUACGUGUGGGACUUCAUCUUCUAUCAGAACGGGGCCAUUGAAGGCAAGGUCCAGGCCACGGGGUAUGCAAGCUCAUCCUUUCUCCACGGGGAUGGUCUGAGAUACGGCAAUAGGCUUUGGGAGCACACGCUGGGUACGAUACGUACCCAUUCCAUCAACUAUAAACUGGACUUGGAUGUGGGAGGGGUGAAAAAUUCCCUGGUAGCCCACGACAUGGCGUUUGAGAUGACACGGGCUCCCUGGAGCCCAGAGCAGCAGAUAGAGAGGCCACGACUCACCAAGAAAGUCCUGGACACGGAGGACCAGGCUGCCUUCCGGCUCCAGUCGAAGAUCCCCAGAUACAUCUACUUUGCAGCCAACAGCAAAAACAAGUGGGGCCACCAGCGUGGUUACAGGAUCCAGAUCACCAGUUUUGCGGGGGACCAUAUCCCUGAAGCCAGCUCCAUGGAGAGAGCCGUCAGUUGGGCAAGGUACCAGCUGGCCGUCACCCGACGGAAGGAGGAGGAGCCCACCAGCACCAGCAUCUACAACCAGAACGACCCCUGGACACCCACCGUCGCCUUUGCUGACUUCAUCAACAACGAGACCAUCACUAACGAGGACCUGGUUGCCUGGAUAACCGCUGGUUUCCUUCACAUCCCACACUCUGAGGAUAUUCCCAACACUGUGACGGUGGGAAACUCGGUCGGCUUCCUCCUGAGACCCUACAACUACUAUGACCUGGACCCCUCCAUAUACUCGCACGAUGGCGUGUUUUUCACCAGCGAGCAGGACUUCACAGCGUGUGAAAUCAACCCUAUUGCAUGCCUUCCCAAAACUGCCUCUUGUCUGCCAAACUUCCCCCCGUUCACCUAUGAUGGUUUCCAAAAUAUGAGUAGGCUGUAA